UUAAAUGAUUGAAUGUUUGGUUUAUUUGUUGUUUGACUUCCUUUUCCUGUUUGUCAUUCAAUCGUCAAAAUGGGUCGCGUUAGGACAAAGACUAUUAAGAAGGCUUCCCGAGUGGUGAUCGAGAAGUAUUACACUCGACUUACUCUUGAUUUUCACACCAAUAAGCGGAUCUGUGAGGAGAUCGCUAUUAUACCAUCAAAGCGUCUCCGCAACCAAAUCGCCGGUUUUGUGACUCAUCUGAUGAAACGCAUCCAAAGGGCGCCCGUCAGAGGUAUUUCCAUCAAAUUGCAAGAAGAAGAGCGCGAAAGAAGAGAUAACUACGUUCCUGACGUAUCUGCUAUCGAUGUGGAUGUCAUUGAAGUAGAUCCAGACUCGUAUCUUAUGCUUAAAGAGAUGUCUAUGGAUAAGAUCGCUGGCUUACAGCAGACCAACCCAUCGGUACCAUUCAGAAGUGGUCGCUCUUAAGGAAUGAUUUCAUUUGAAUUUAAUAUUAAUUUCGAUAAUAAAGUGUUGAAUUAAAUUUAAAAUAUUU